AUGUCUAAAGACGCCAAGGACUCAUCUAAACCCAAGCCCGACGGCCUCCGACAACCUCAAAGAAAAGACUCGCUUUCGUCUGUCUUGUCAUGGGCUGCCUUGCAGGGCAAGAUCACCACGUCCAAGCCUCAGACCUCCUCGUCUUCUCCAUCAACCCCUACACCGUCUCCCUCUACCCAGCCUCAUCAUCAUCAUCAUCCCCCCGCCAACGGUACUAGGCAGCGAAGACACAGCCAUAGCACCAGCUCCGACUCAAAAACGAAGGCACGUAGAGGUUCCACAGCAUUUCGAAGAUUUUCGUUUUCCUUCUCGACAACGAUCCAGGAUGGGGCUAGUACUAAGACGAGACAUUCAAAGACACCCAUGACACCAGACCCGAAAGCCUCUCCGGGGACCUCCAAGGCCGGCAAGAGCAGCUCCUCCGAGAAAGUAAACAAGGCCGCCGCCCCCGACAGCCAAGAUGGCAAGCAGCAUUCCGCCCCGUCCCGCCCGCAGAGUGCCGGAGACAAGCCCAGAUCCCCCUUAGCGCCCAUACCUAUGCCCAAAUCCAUCCUCCGGAUUUCUAGUCCGGAUGGUUACAGGCGCCAGAGCCAGUUCGGCACUCCAGCAACAGCAGGCGAACCCACCAGCCCCGAUCUUCCCUCUUCCCCCGCAACCCCUACCUUCGAAACCGUGCUCUCAGCCCCCGACUACCCCCCCUCUAACCUCAUCACCCACCUCCCCCACCCCCCGGGCCCAUCGACCGUCCACCGCGUCGAGGUCGGGCCCGGCCGCCGCUUCCUGCCCGUCAAGCGCAAGAGCAAGAGCACGCUGACCUACAUCUCCCCGCUCGACCCGGGCGCCCAGAAGAGCGCCCCCAAGACCAUGCUGCAGAGCCCCACCAAGCUGCGCCGUCAUCAGGAGAACCAGGCCGCCAUGGGCCGCUACUGGCUCCGCACCGAGGAGGAGGAGGCCCAGUGGCGCGCCGAGGCCGAAAGGCGCGCCGUCGAGGAGGCUGAGCGGUAUCGUAACGAGCCAGCGAGCCCGCCGCCGCGGGCGGCUGUGGGUGCUGUGGCCAAGGUGGAUGGGGCGGUGAGCAGGGGUAGGGAGGAGAUCGACAAGCUGCCGCUGUUGGAUGGCGGUGGGCCGGCGGGGUCGGAUAAGGUCGAGGAAGAGACGGUGGCGGGGUCGGACGACGAGGAUACCGACGACGAGACCGGCGUCAGGUGCGAUGCCGAGGACGACGCUGCGUCCGUUACGUCGAAGGGGUCAAGGAGGUCGAUCAACCUGAGGCCGAGUGCCAGCAUUGUCGCGCUGCGGGCCGCUAGGGCCGCUGCCGCAGCGACAGAGUCGGGCAACAACAGACCUGCGGAAAUCAAGUCCUUCUCUGAGAGGCUGGCCGAGAAGCAAGCCGCCGAAGAACGCCGAAACCGACCAGGCUCCCCAACCAUCCCCGCCAAGUCCGACGCCGAGAGCUCCAAGUCAGCCCGCUCCUCCACCAGCUCCCUCGUCAAAGAGAAGCCGCCGGCGGCGGCGGCAGCAGCAGCAGGCGCAGUAUCGGUCCGCCCAAGCACCACCAGCACCAACGGCAACCCCAGCAGCAACAACAACGUACCCAGCGCCAGCACAGACGAGAAACUCACCAGAACCCCGUCCCGCGAGAAGGAAAAGGAAAAGGACAAGGCGAGGGACCGUCCACGGACGUUGGCCAGCUCCAAGUCGUACAUGAACCUGCGGUCGGCCAACGACAGGGCCCAGAGGCUGUCUACCUCGCGCUCGGCGGGUCAUGUCGGCAAUAGCAUCAGCCACGGCAGCAGCAACAGCAACAGCAGCGGCAAUACCCACAGCCACAGCCAUAGCAACAGCAGCAGCAGCGCUGGCAGCGGCGGCAGCAACAACAGCAACCACAACAGCAACAACCAUUUGCAUUUAUCCGGGCGCAGGGGCAGGCGGUAUUUUGAUGACCACAAGCAGGGGAUCACGGCCUAA